AUGGCCUCUAUCCAACACAAUCGACCUUUCAACCACGUCGGAGUUUCCGUGCCGGACAUCCAGAAGGCGGUGGAUUGGUACUCGUCGCUCUUCGGUUUUCAGCUCAUUGGCAACAAAAUCCACGACAUCAAGCGCGCAGAGGUACCAAAUGCUCCAAUUUUCGGCAUCUAUCCAGAGUCGCUGCAGCAUGUCAAAGUCGCGUACAUGGCGACCGGAAACGGCGUGGGUUUCGAGUUGUUCGAGUUCGGAAAUCCAAAGACGUACGUUCCGGAGAAGGAGUUUGAGUACCACCGAGGCGGUUUCUUCCACAUCUGUGUCACGGACCCAGAGCCUGACGCGCUGGUGGGGAGAAUCGUAAAGGCAGGAGGAAAGCAAAUUGGAGCGACUGUCGAUCCCGUGUUUCCCGUCCCCAAGAACAUCAAGUGUCUCUACGCAGCAGACCCGUGGGGCAACGUGAUCGAGAUUCUGGACAUCAGCUUCGAGCGCCUGACGACGCUUGCUAACCCUUCUUCAAAAUAA